GGCCUCCAGGGUGCCUGGUGGGGCUGGAUGAUGCUACCGGGACACACAAAGGCGUGUUACAGUUGCUUUCAUGGAGGCAGCACAGAGCACUGUGGCAGCUGCUGGAGCCACUGGCCCUCACUGAAUAAGAGGAGUUGCUUUCCACAGCAGAGGGACCUUUUGUGUGUGUGGAUGUAUUUUGCUUUGUUUCUUCUUGUUUUUUGUCAAACUAUAAUUGACAUAUAUUCAUUUCAAGUAUACAACAUAACGGUUUGAUAUUUGUAUGUAUUGCAAAAGGAUGACCACAAUAAGUCUAGUUAAUAUCCAUCGCUAUACAGAGUUAUAGAAUUUUUUUUCCAUGAUGAGAACUUUUUUUUUUUUUUUUUGCGGUACACGGGCCUCUCACUGUUGUGGCCUCUCCCAUUGCAGAGCACAGGCUCCAGACGCGCAGGCUCAGCGGCCAUGGCUCACGGGCCCAGCCGAUCCACGGCAUGUGGGAUCUUCCCGAACCGGGGUACGAACCCGUGUCCCCUGCAUCGGCAGGCGGACUCUCAACCACUGCGCCACCAGGGAAGCCCGAUGAUGAGAACUUUUAAGAGCUGUUCUCUCAGCAACUUUCUUUUUUUUUAAGAUACAUAUUUUUUAAUGCUUUUUAAAAAAAAAUUAUUUUAUUUAUUUAUUUUUGGCUGUGUUGGGUCUUCGUUGGCACGCGCGGCCUUUCUGUAGUUGCGGCGAGCAGGGGCUGCUCUUCAUUGAGGUGUGUGGGCUUCUCAUUGCGGUGGCUUCUCUUGUUGCAGAGCACGGGCUCUAGGCGCGUGGGCUUCAUUAGUUGCGGCACACGGGCUCAGUAGUUGUGGCUCACAGGCUUAAUUGCUCCACGGCAUGUGGGAUCUUCCCGGGCCAGGGCUCGAACCCAUGUCCCCUGCAUUGGCAGGCGGAUUCUUAACCACUGCGCCACCAGGGAAGCCCAACUUUCAAAUAUACAACAGAGUAUUAUUAACUAUAGUGGCCAAGUGGUACUUUACAUCCCCAGGAAUUAGUUCUUUUGUAACUGGGAGUUUGUAAGUUUUGAUUCUUUUCACCCAUUUUGCCUACCAGCGCCCCCACCCCUGCUUCUGGGAACCACCAAUCUGUUCAGUGUAUCUAUGAGUUUGCUUUAUUUUUGUUUUUUUUGGAUUGCACAUGUAAGGGGAAUUAUACAUUUGCCUUUCUCUAUCUGAUUUAUUUUGUCUUAGCACAAUACCCUCGAGGUCCAUCCAUGUUUUCACAAAUAGUAGGAUUUCAUUCUUUUUUAUGGCUGAAUAAUAUUCCAUUAUAUUUAUUUAUAUAUGUAUUUAUAUUUGUAUAUUCCGCUUUAUAUAUAUAUAUACACACACACAUAUAUAUAUAUAUAUUGCAUCUUCUCUGUCCAUUUAUCCAUCAACGACACUUAGGUUGCUUCCAUGUCUUGGCGGUUAUUGUAAAUAAUGCUGCUAUGAACGUCGGGGUGCGUGUGUUUUUUCAGAUUAGUACUUUUGUUUUCUUUGAAUACAUACCCAGAAGUAGAAUUGCUGGAUCAAACGGUAGUUCUAUUUUUUUUUAACCUAUUUUUUUUUAAAUUAAUUACUUCUUCUUUUUUUUUUUUUUUUUGGCUUGUGUCGGGUCUUUGUUGCUGCGCGCGGGCUUUCUCUAGUUGCAGCGAGCGGGGACUACUCUCUGUUGCAUUGCGCGGGCUUCUCAUUGCGGUGGCUUCUCGUGUUGCAGAGCACGGGCUCUAGGCGCAUGGGCUUCAGUAGUUGUGGCACACGGGCUUGGUAGCUGUGGCUCGUGGGCUCUAGAGUGCAGGCUCUGUAGUUGUGGCACACAGGCUUAGUUGUUCCGUGGCACAUGGGAUCUUCCAGGACCAGGGAUCGAACCCGUGUCCCCUGCAUUGGCAGGCGGAUUCUUAACCACUGCGCCACCAGGGAAGUCCCCAGUAGUUCUAUUUUUAAUUUUUUGAGGAACCUCCAUAGUGGCUGCAUGGAGUGACCUUAUUUAUCAGUCAGUAUGUGCUUUCUCAGGAGCAGCCCCUGAGCUUGGUGACCCUGGGACCCAGGGAAGAGUCCGUCUGGCCCUGCCUCAGGGGCUAACCUUGGACAGCCGAGAGCGUGGGUCCCUGAGGUCACAAGGCCCUUCAGCGUGAUUCCCAGGGCCUCACUCACUCAGGUGAGACUCCACUCCUGUCCCAGAGGGAUCUUUCUCACAACAGAGCAGGCUUCUCUGUCUCUUUUGAGACUCGGCUCUGGCCCAGGUCUUCUGGGAAAUCUUUUCCUGCCGCUGCUGGGCUAGUCAGUCCUUAAAUGGAAGGAUGGGUGGGUGGAAGGUGAUGCUGUGACCAGCUCCAGGGCCAGACAGACGCCAGUGUGAGUUCAGCCCCUGCCACUUAUUAGCUGGGUGAUUUUGGGCAAGGCCUUCACGUUCUCCAUCUGCAAAAUGGGGGCAAUAAUGCUGAUCACACAGGACCGGUCAUCCUAUAAAUUUUCUGUCAGUGCCAGCCAGCAUGCUGGGCUCUGUGUAUGUGGCCUCUUGCCCUUGCAACGCUCAAAUUCUAGCAAGGGAAAUCAGCGCCCAGAUAUGGGAAAACCAGAUCUUAUUAAACGCUGAGAUGAAAUUAAUACGGUGACAUGACAGUAACUGUAGGGGAGGGUGUGUAGGUGAUUCAGGGAGGCUGUCCAAGGAGGGAAGGAUGGCAUCUGGGCCUCAGAGGUGAGAAGGAGCCAGCGGAGCAAAGAUGGAGGUAGAGAAUGGCAGUACCAAGGCCCUGAGGUUGGGCCAGCCUUGAGUCUUAGAAGAUCAUCAGUGUGUGGCAGACAGGCAUGGCUGUGCGCCAGUAAAACUUGACUUAAACAAACAGGCUGCAGGGACUUCCCCGGUGGUCCAGUGGUUAGGACUCUGCCCUUCCAAUGCAGGGGGUGCAGGUUCAAUCCCUGGUCGGGGAACUAAGAUCCCACAUACCACACAGUGUGGGAAAAAACAAACAAGCAAACAAGAAAACACAAAGCAAAACCCAGGCUGCAGGCCAGUGGCUCCUGAAGGUUUUAAACUCAGGACCCCUUUAUACUUUAGAAUUUUUUUGAAGACCCCCCACAAAGCACUUUUGCUUACAGGAAUUACAUUUAUUGGUAUGUGUCAUGUUAGAAAUUAAAGCUGAGAAAAUUUCAAAAUAUUAAUGCAUUUAGAAAUUGCAGUAAUCAACUUUCCAUAUGUUAAGAUUUAAAUUACACUUUUUUUCUUAAUUUUUUUUUAUUUGUGUGUAGUUGAUUUACAAUGUUGUGUUAGUUUCAGGUGUACAGCAAGGUGAGUCCAUUAUACAUGCAUAUAUAGCCACUCUUUUUCAGAUUCUAGUCCCAUAUAGGUCAUUACAGAGUAUUGAGUACAGUUCCCUGUGCUAUACAGUAGGUUCUUAUUAGUUAUAUAUUCUAUAUAUAGUAGUGUGUAUAUGUCAGUCCCAAUCUCCCGAUUUAUCCCCCCCCAGCAAAUGACAGUUUAUUUUAUUUAUUUUUUAAAAAUAACACUUUUUAAAUGAAAAAUAACCAUGUUUCCCCAAACGAAAAGCUGGAAACGUGGCAUCAUUGUCUUGCACAUCUCAGUGUCUGACUUGAACAGCUGGGUUCUCCCAUCUGCCUCUGCUCGCAGCCUGUGGCCUCUGGAAGGCCCCAGCAUACACUCAGGAGAGAAUGACAGUGAAAGAGGCUGGGAACCUGUGUUAGGAAAAUAGUUCUGACCUCGAGGUACCCCCCGGAAGGAUCUUGGGGAUCCCAGGGGUCCCCAGGCCAUUCGAGGACCACAGUUCUAGGCCGGGGUUUCUUAGGGGCUGGGUCUUUCUCUGCUGGGGGGCCAUCCUGUGCACUGUAGGGUCCUUAGCAGCACCCCCAGCCUCCACCCACCGGAUGCCAGCAGCACCCCCACCCCCAUACAACGAGACCUUUCUAGAUGCCUCCCCGGGGUAACGUCACCCCUGGUCGAGAGCCACUGCUUUGCGUCAUCCCACGACUGAAGCCACUGCACGUCUGUUUCCUCCUUCAGGAAGGGGAGGAGGAAGUGGAGGGCACACGGCUUCCUGGGGGCGCCGGGGCGCAGGUCUUACAAAAGGAGAAUGGGGAGAACGGAUAAGGGGGGCCUCUUGCAGUCUCUCGCGUUUCCCUGUACGCAGACGUGAUUGGGGGCCCCUGAGCAUCGUGGCCUGCUGGGCGGCCGUGACAACACCACCGACCAGGCAGCUUCAACAGCAGACAUUUAUUCCUCGCAGUUCUGGAGGUUGGGCGUCGGGGAUCAGGUGCAGCCAGACUCGGUGUCUGGCGCUGCUGUCCCGCCGGCCCCAUGGAGGCCCCGGCCGCCCAGCCUGUGAAGCAGGAGUGCCGGGCCGCCGAGGGCCUGACCCUGGACUCGCCGUGGCACCGCUUCCGCCACUUCCACCUGGGCGACGCCCCGGGCCCCCGCGAGGCGCUGGGCCUGCUGCGCGCCUUGUGCCGGGACUGGCUGCGGCCCGAGGUGCACACCAAGGAGCAGAUGCUGGAGCUACUGGUGCUGGAGCAGUUCCUGAGCGCCCUGCCCGCUGACCUCCAGGCCUGGGUGUGCAGCCGGCGGCCCCAGAGCGGGGAGGAGGCCGUGGCCCUGCUGGAGGAGCUCUGGGGACCAGCAAUGAGGGCACCUCGGGAUGCGGCAGAAGGCUCCGGGGUCGGCGUGGGAAAGGAAGACGGUGGGGUAACGCCCUCAGGAGACGCGGCCCCCGGGGCUGAGGAACUGGCGACGGGGGACGCCCAGGCCGCGCGCCCUUACAAGCAGGAGCCGGGCAGCCCCCAGCCAGCGCCACCGCCCCCACCGGCGCCCGGCCUGCCCGCCUUCCUGGCGGCCCCGGGCUCUGCGUCCUGCCCCGAGUGCGGCAAGGCCUCGCUGAAGCCGGCGCAUCUGCUGCGCCAUCGGCAGAGCCACUCGGGCGAGAAGCCGCACGCCUGCCCCGAGUGCGGCAAGGCCUUCCGGCGCAAGGAGCACCUGCGGCGCCACCGCGGCACGCACCCCGGCGGCCCGGGUCCGGCCCUGCGCCCGCUGCCUGCGCGCGAGAAGCCACACGCCUGCUGCGAGUGCGGCAAGACCUUCUACUGGCGCGAGCACCUGGUGCGCCACCGCAAGACGCACUCGGGCGCGCGGCCGUUCGCUUGCUGGGAGUGCGGCAAGGGCUUCGGGCGCCGCGAGCACGUGCUGCGCCACCAGCGCAUCCACGGGCGCGCGGCGGGCGCGGGCGGGGCGGCGGCGCCGGGCCCCGAAGGCGGGGGUCCCUUCCCGCCCUGGCCGCUGGGGUAGCCCCCGCCCCGCCGUGCAACCCCUCCCGUCCCUCACCGGCUCCUCUGCCCCCUGUCUCUCUCCUCCACCGGCCCCUCCUUUGUCCGAACCUCCUGGUGCCCUAGAGCUUUCUGUUCCUUACCAACUCUCACUUUAUGUCCCAAACCUCACUCCUGUUCGGAUCUCACGCCGUCCUCGUCCUCGCAGUCUCUCCCGCCUAUAGAAGGAGACUCCGCAGUCCUUCCCUCUCCCGGGUGGGGGGCAGGACUGGCCAGGAGCAGCAGGCGGGGCCCCUGGUCUAGAGGAGGCUGGAGGAAGGGGACUGGGUCUUGUUCCCAGGAGACACCCCCCAGGACGGAGUGGAGGACGGCUCUGACAGGACACCCCCCCAGGAGGCACUCCCUCCCCAGGAGGCACCCCCCAGGGCGGAGUCGGGGACGGCUCCGCCAGGACAGACCUGGGUUCUGGCAGUGGGCUCCCUGGUCUGGCUUGUCUCUCUGCGAGCCAGAAGGCAUGGGAUGGACAGAGAUGCCUGCCCGUGGGAAGCGUGUCGGAGACGACAGUUCACCAGCAUCUGGAGAGUAAUAAAGCCACUGAUAAGUUGUGCAGAC